AUACAUAUAUAAUUUUUCUUUGUUUUUUGGUCACAUUGGUUAGUUAAAAUUAUCAAUAGCUUGCCAUGUGCAACAACUUUCUUUUUUUUGUUACGUGCACUCUUUAAAUUCAACUCUCUUUGUUAGACUCUUCUAAAUUCUUGGGCUCUCUACUUGAAACAUGGCCUUCUCUUCUUCUUGUUUUUGCCACUUUUCAAUUCCACACAAGCUGCAGAGGAACCAAACUGCCCCUUUUGGUCAUGGAUCAAAGAGCUCUGUUCUUUCAAGGCAACAAUAUUUUCUUGGAGGAUCAAGAGUCAUUACAAGUCCAUAUCUUCCAAAAACUAUUUUGCAAAGAAGGAGCUCAAGGGUGUCUGCUUCAUGGUUAGCAAGUUGUGAAGUUGUUAAAAGUGUAUUCCCAUUGGGAACAAUUGCAGUUCUUCCCUUUUAUGUCUUUAUGGUUGUGGCACCUAAAGCAAAACUUACCCAAAAAAUGAUGGAAAGCAACAUCCCUUAUAUUGUGCUUGGACUUUUGUAUUCAUAUCUCUUAUACCUUUCUUGGACACCAGAUACAUUACAACUAUUAUUUCCUUCUAAUACAUCUUGGAUUCCAGAGUUGGCUGGUAUAGCUAAGAUGUUUUCCAGGGAGAUUACAUUAGCAUCUGCAUGGAUUCACCUCUUGAUUAUAGACCUUUUUGCUGCUAGGCAAGUUUAUCAUGAUGGAUUGCAGAAUGAUAUAGAAACACGACAUUCUAUUCCAAUGAUAUUAUUGUGUUGUCCCAUUGGACUUGUUACUCAUCUUGUCACCAAAAAGCUCUAUUCAUUAAGGGAGAUAAAAAAUAAUUAAUGUUAAAACAAGUAUUAUUUCAUGUUUGAUAAGAAUACCAUACGAUAUUUUGUUUCUCAAUUGUAAUUAAAUUAUCACCAACAAAUUCAAGGAAAUUUAAUAAUUAUAAUAACUA